AUGUCUAAGGCGGCGGACAGCGGCGGGGCGGCCCCAGCCGAGGACCUGUCCAAGGUGUCCGACGAGGAGCUGCUGAAGUGGAGCAAGGAGGAGCUGAUCCGCAGCCUGCGCAGGGCCGAGGCGGAGAAGAUGAGCGCGAUGCUGGACCACAGCAACCUCAUCCGGGAGGUGAACCGCCGCCUGCAGCUCCACCUCGGCGAGAUCCGCGGCCUCAAGGAUAUCAAUCAGAAGUUGCAAGAAGAUAACCAAGAACUGAGAGACCUUUGCUGUUUUCUGGAUGAUGAUAGGCAGAAAGGCAAGAAGGUAUCACGAGAGUGGCAGAGAUUGGGCAGGUACAGUGCUGGGGUUAUGCACAAAGAGGUUGCCUUAUAUUUACAGAAACUGAAAGACUUGGAAGUGAGACAAGAAGAAGUGGCUAAAGAAAACAUGGAACUGAAAGAACUAUGUGUUUUGCUGGAUGAAGAGAAAAGUGGUGGAGCAGGGAGCAGGAGUUCCAUUGACAGCCAAAUCAGCCUCUGCCAGCUAAAUGCAACAAGUACUUACAUACGAGAUGUUGGUGAUGGGAGCAGCACCUCUAGCACUGGAAGUACGGACAGUCCAGACCAUCAUAAACACCAUCCAAAUACUAGUCCUGAACAUCUCCAAAAAAGUAGGGGUGAGGGAAGCCCAGAGCAUCAAAAACAUAGGAGUGUUAGCCCAGAACAUCUCCAAAAACCUAAGAGUUCUGGAAGUCCCGACCACCAGAAGCAUCUAAAAGGACCAAGUCCAGAACAUCAUAAAAAUGUUGGCAAAGGUAGUCCUGAACAGCAAAAGCACACCAGUAGUAGUCCAGAAACUCUUCCAAAGCACAUUUUAAGUAGUAGCCCUGAACAUUUUCAAAAACAUAGGCCUAGUAGUAGCCCAGAGCAUCAAAAGCACAGCAGUGGCAGCCCCGAGCAUCUUCAAAAACACACAUUGAGUGGAAGCACAGAACAUCUCCAGAAAGUGAGGGGGACAAGCCCUGAGCAUCUCAAACAACAUUAUGGGGGGAGUCCAGAGCAUCUCAAACAUCUCAGUGGAGGCAGCAGAGAAGGUACCCUAAGAAGACAAGUAGCAGAUGAUAUGUUACCUCAUCACAGGAGUGUAUACAAUGGAAUGAAUGACUCAACCUUGUCCUAUGUUAGGCAGCUGGAGGCAAGAGUAAGACAGCUGGAGGAGGAAAAUCGCAUGCUACCCCAGGGUCCCCUUAGGAUGCCAUCAGGGGCGGAUGGGAGUUACUGCUCUCCAAACCAUCCAGCUAGCUUCAGUGGACAUGUCUCACCUUCUCAGCAGCCUGAAGCAGUGGUAAAUGCUAUUAAGGUCUUGGAAGCUCAGGAAAAUAUAGAUCGGCAGCAUGGUAAAGAAUAUGAUCAUGACCUUAGUGAGACAGAAAAAGCUAUAGUCAGAGAAAUGUGCAAUGUUGUGUGGCGGAAGCUUGGAGAUGCUGCAGGUUCAUGUCCUGGAAUUAGACAACAUUUGUCAGGAAAUCAGUAUAAAGGACCUAUGUAA